AUAAAGGCCAUCUGCUCCGGUAUGUAAAAGGAACCCCGACUCCUCCUAUCAGGGCGUCGCCUGACGCCUUAUCCCGCCCUCUAAGACCAGUCUCUGCACCUAUUGGUCAACACUGAAAGGCCUGUCACUGCCUCUCUGAUGUCGGACCGCCCACAGGAUCGAGGACAAAAACAAUCGGCAUCUCGCCGUCCUCAGUAAAACAUAAACAAGAAGACUCAAACGAAUCAGUGUAUCCUUUUUAAGCGGCACGGGCAGCACCGAGGGAGAAAUGGUUUCUCCAGUAACAGUGGUCAAGAGUGAAGGCCCUAAAUUGGUGCCAUUCUUCAAAGCAACCUGUGUAUACUUUGUCCUGUGGCUGCCCACCUCAAGCCCGUCUUGGUUCAGCGCCUUGAUCAAAUGCCUGCCCAUCUUCUGCCUGUGGGUGUUUUUGCUGGCUCAUGGCUUCACCUUUCUCUGUGCUCACUCCAGUGCCCGCAAGAUCUUGGCUGGUCUAAUCUUUUCUGCUCUGGGUGAUGCCUUUCUCAUCUGGCAGGAGCAGGGCUACUUUGUCCAUGGCCUUCUGAUGUUUGCCAUUACCCAUAUACUCUACUCUUCUGCUUUUGGGAUGAAGCCUGUUAACGUGCGUGCUGGGCUGGUGAUCACUGCUGUAUCCUUUCUGUGCUAUAUCCUGCUGUACCCCUACCUCUCUGGCCCCUUCACCUAUUUGGUGGCCGUCUACAUCGCCCUAAUUGGUUUCAUGGGCUGGAGGGCCAUCGCAGGUUUGCAGCUGGCGAAUGACCUGUGGACCUGGACCAAGUUGUCUGCCUGCCUGGGUGCCGUGCUCUUCAUGGUCUCCGACCUCACCAUUGCAGUCAACAAGUUCUGCUUCCCUGUGCCCCAUUCGCGAGCCAUCAUCAUGGCCACCUACUACGCUGCCCAGAUGCUCAUAGCACUGUCAGCUGUUGAGUGCCAGGACGUGGAGGUGGCCAGGAAGAGAACAUGAGUUGCAGCAGUCUCCAAACCAUGUGAUUAUGGACACAUCUCACUGCCAGGUUCCCAGCCCCCAGCCUUCAUCUCAGUGUGGUGCUCAAACACCGCUGGGUCACUACAGCCUUUACAUCACCCUUCUGCCCCAUUAGCGUUGUAAUCUCACAUGUGUCCUCUAACCAAGAAGAUACAGUAGUAUUAUCUUCUGCCUCACCCAACAACAGUCCUACCUGCCUCCUCUAAAGAUAGAAUGGCUUUCAACCUAGUUACAAAGGUGAUAAGUGCAGUAAUAUUAACCUGCUAUGUAGAGAGUAUUACAUACUUUUAACUGGCUAAUGGAAGCAUGUUACUGGGCACCUUCAAGGAGUGUGAAUGGGAGAGCAAUGGGGUCUGUGUGCGUUGAUGUAUUUGAUUUUUUUUUACCUCGCUUCGCACACAGUCCUUUCACACACCUCACACUCCCAGCACAGACGUAUGCUUUAUGUUGUCCAGCAUUACUUUUUAACAUUUAGUUUGUUAUUUGUUGUUGUUAAAAAGGGAGGGUUUUUUUUAAUACCGACAUAUACAUAUUUUUUCCAUUCUCUGUUGCUCUGUGUUCCCCUUAAUUAAGGGUGCUAUUCUAAAAGCUUGUCCAAACCUGUUUUCGUUAUCUGCGAUCCCCUUGAUAUUAUUUAUAACAAUCCUGCCCCUCUACACUUUCAUAAGUCGUCAUCAUCAACGUAUUUUUUUAAAGUAUUUUUUCUUCUAUGAUGUCCGCGAAUAACUAGAUGCACAGCUUAAAAAUGAUAAAAAGUAAACCAAUAAGGCUGAAAUUCAGGGAGGGAAAUUUGGGUGUCAACAAACCAGUGUGUACUGUAAGUUUCAUGACUGAACAUUUAUGUUGGAUGGGGAAGAAGUUUAGCUUUCUCCUGAGAUUCACACUGCUGUCAGUGUCCCGCUGUCACAAAGAGAACACACUAAAUACCAUAGUCACAGCAGACUACUGCACACAUUAUUACUUGCUGUGUAGUGUGCACCUGCUUCUCCUUUUGGUGUUAAGUCCACCAGGAAUUUGUUUUCCCCACCAGCAGCUUUUUAAGAAACGCAGGUGCAGAUGUUACCACGUACACACACCUGACACCCACAGCUCCUGCUGUGUUAGUUAUUGGAAAAAGUUCAUGGGGAUCUUAUUGCUAGAAUGGAUCAGCUGACAUGCGCUUAUUUGGGCUAAUAGCAAUGUUAUGAAGACUGAAAAGAAGGGCUAUGUUACAGGAUGGAAUCUUUUUGUUUAUCAACUCUGUGUGUGUCUGUCAGGGCCCUGGGAAAGGGCUCACUCGCUCAUAAUGAAAUGCACACAUACAUGCACAAAAGUGUGCGCUUUGUCCUUAAGGCAGCCAAAACGAACUGGAAAAACCAAAAUGGAAAAAAAUAGGGAAGACAAGGGAACUGGCAUGUCAUGUGAGGAAACAGUUAUCCCAUUAUUCCCAAUAAUUCCCUCUCACAGGACACUUCAUCAGCUUUAAUCCUGCAAAAUCCGCCACAGCUAAUCCCUAACAGGCUGGCUCCUAUUUUGUCUUUCAUCUCUUACAUAUUUCUGCUUCUCACCUCUCGUUUGUUUUGUCCCCUGCAAUUUUUAUUUUAUUUUAAAACUAAGUGUCUUACUGAAUAUUUAAGAAUUACACUGCAACUUUUUCUUGAGAUGUCUACACUUGCACGUGUUUUUGAGCGUCUGCAUAUGUGUGAGAGUGCGUACACUGCUUUUUUUUUUUUUUUUUUUUUUUUUUUUUUUUUUUUAGCUGUUGCUUGAACGUCUGUGUGUUCUUGUGGCAAAUCAGAACCAACUCAAGGCCCGAAAUGCUGUGAACCAACAGUUUCUAUGAAGUACACACACUACUGGGUAUUUUUAUUGUAUUAUCACAAUGCUCUUAAAACCAUCUUCAUGCCCAUCGCCUCUUCAGAACUGCAGCUUUGUAACAGACUGCAGAUCUACUGUCAGUUAAGAACUUGAGGCUAGUGUUUUAAUAGUGACAAUUUCCAUUGCUGGACAUGCCUCCUGUUUAUAUGCUGGUGGAGAAAAAAUCUGAUUGAUCACACAUUUAAAUUAUUCAUCACUGUUAAACAUGACAGUGGAACAUAUUUAGCGCAAUAGUUUAAUAAUGAAACUCUCAGAUGUGAUGCUGUGUGUAUAUAUUGUUUAUGAAGCAACCGUGGAAAAAUACAAGCCCAUGUUAUGGGUUUCUUCUGCUGGGUCAUUGACCCCAACAGCUGUCAGCAGCUACAUGCGCACAAAAAAACCCGACACACAUUCAAACCCUUCAAAAGGUGUUUAGGCAUCACCUUAGCCACCAUGACAGAUCUGCAGGCAGACAAUGGUGUUGACUGUCAUCAAGGUUUUUAUCAAUAUCAGUAUCGCAGUUUUGCUUUGACCGAGAAAGACACUUGGCACAAGUGGCUAUUCUUGACUACUGCUUUGCCAGAAAGUUCCUCAAUAUUCUUUCAGCCUGUCACUAUGCUUGUCAGCACAAUGUUUCUGCUUUGUCAGUCAGAAAUGUUCCAUCAGUCUGGUCGUGUGACCACUUUUCUUCUGUUGCGUGUUUUAAUUUGUCCUCCCAGCACUGCAGACUCUGACUCUGCAGUUCUCUCCCUGUUUUCCUCACCGAUGGAGCACGUUCUGUCAACAAUUAAUAUCGGCCGCCUUUGUGCUAAAAGCCGUCCACCGAAGCUUGAUAGCAGUCUUAAAAGAAAGUGGAGUGCAAGUAGAGAUGCUAGCCAACACAGACUCUAGUACAUGGCCUCAAGUAAACCAUGCAGGGAUGGCGGGACUUAGUCAAGCAGUCUUACUCAUCCUUACUAUGUGGGCAAUUUCUGUGGGCACCUCCUUCUUUGUCCUUUGCUACACAAAGCCUCCUGACUGUUGUUCCUACAGUACAGAGCAUUUAUUUAUUUUUGAGAUAUUUCUUCUUGGCCAAACUGUUUCUUCUCUAAAGUGUCUGCUUUUAUUUGAUUUGGGCUCCAGAAACCAAGCUUAAAUUAUAAUUCAAAACUGAACUCAUUUGACUGAGUGGAACUUGUCAACAUUAGAGGUUUCUCAUGUGUCAAACCAGCUGUUGUUGUUUCACAGGUGACAAAUCCCCCCACCACCACCACCACCACCACCACUGGUGCAGGAUUGCUUUUAGCUUUUUCAUUGAGGACGGAGGUUAUUAUUGGGUGAUAUUGUAGCUUGAAUUAGAUUACAAGGUGAAAUAUGACACAGAGGGGAAGCUGUUAGCUACCACCCUGUUCCCCCACAGAUGGCAGGCCAGCAGGCGCAUCAGUUUACCUUAGUCUGUCAACGGCCCGUUGUUCAAAGCUUUGUGUGCGCAUAUAAAAGGGACCAGAGAGAGCUGUCAGAGGUCUCCACAGUGAGUCCUGUGGUUUCACUUGGUCCUCUGAGUAGGUUAGCACUUUUCUUUGAUUAGAAGUUUUCUUUCUGAAUUCUUUUUGCUGUUGUUUCUUGUGAUUGUUGAUUUGAAGACUUUGCUGCUAAUGCACUGUGCUCAUGAUUAUGAAGUGGGUUGCAUUCAAAACAGAUAGCUGUAAAGUUUGUAUAUUUAUCAUGCAUGACUAGUGGGCUGAUGUGACUCCUCCACAUCAACACCAAUGUUUUUUUGUUUGUUUUUUUUACUACAGCUGACAGCCCUGCAACAUCAGUAUGAGCUUAAGAGAAAUAUGUGGAAAUAAACAUCUUUGUAAAAUUAUCCCCUCCCCCUCACCAUGUUCUGCACUUUUCUGUACCCAAAGUAAGGCCAGUUGAUCUCUCCUUAAACCUAGCAGUGAAAGUGUUAUUAACAAAGGAUUAUUGUGUACUGUAUCCUCUAAAGUAUAUGCUCAUUUUCCUUUCAUUUUUUUUUUCGAAAAGUUAGUGUUUUGAAAGUGAC